AGCCAAGCUGUCACUACCAGUGGGCCUUAUCCAUUUUUCCUAUCUGAAUUCUAGUCGGAGACGAAAUCCCCUGCGUCGUCCGUACGCCACCGACAUCCUUCCGCCGCCGACCUCCCACCUCCGCCGCUAUGCAUCUAAAACCCUUCCUCGGCUGGGUCCGAUCAAAUCUCACGCCAAAACAAAUCUCACGCGAACCAACCACCGCAAUUUCGUCGCGCAAUCACAGCAAUCUCAUCGCAAGCAACGCUCCGCCCCUCCUCCGCCGCAGCUUUCCGAUCUGCAGAUCCGGCGGCGCGCGGAGCCAUGGCGUUGCAGCAGCAGAACAACCUUCCUCGCGCAACUACUGCAGCGCAAGGGAUGCGCUGCCUCUCCUGCACCGCAGCUGCGUUCCGCCCAGCAAAUCCGGCGGGGCGCGGCGCGAUGGCUCAGCUGCCGAGCCUUUCUCCCCCAACCACAGCAGCGCAAGGAAAGCACUGCCACUCAUCCGCUACAGCGUCUCGGCCGGCAGGUCCGGCGGCGCGCGGCGCCAUGGAGUUCGAUUACUUCGACGUCAUCGACUUCGAGGCCACCUGCGAGCGAGAUUCAAGAAUCUACCCGCAGGAAAUUAUCGAGUUUCCUGCGGUCCUCGUCGACGCCGCCAACGGACGCAUUGUCUCAUCGUUCCGCACAUACGUGAGGCCUCGGCACCACCCGCGCCUCACCGCAUUCUGCUCCGAGCUGACGGGAAUCCGGCAAGAUCAGGUCGACGGCGGCGUGGAUGUUGAGCAGGCGCUGGCGAUGCACGACGCGUGGCUGACGGAGGCGGGCGCCGCCAAGAACCGCCUCGCCGUCGUCACUUGGGGCGACUGGGACUGCCGCACAAUGCUUGAAUUUGAAUGCAGCUUCAAGGGCCUCACCAAGCCAUCCUAUUUCAACCAGUGGGUCAACCUCAGGGUACCCUUCGAGGCAGCGUUCGGCGCUGGGCGGCGCAACCUUCAGGAGGCAGUCGCGGAGGCGGGUCUGCAGUGGAACGGCCGCCUCCACUGCGGGCUCGAUGAUGCCCGCAACACGGCGCGCCUCCUGGCAGAGCUGAUGCAGCGAGGGGUGACCAUCUCUAUCACCGGCUCUCUGGCGCCACCGCCUCAGCCAGAGCCGCAGCCGCAGCCGCAGCCGCAGCCGCAGCCGCAGCCACAACUUCAGCCGCAGCAGCCUCCAGUGAAUCAUAGCUUAAGCUCGUGCUUCAGUGGCGCUGUUGCUGCAGACUGCUACUGCUACUGCGGCAUGGCUAUCCGAAGAGGGGUGAUGGCGAUGCCGGGGCCAAUGCAAGGGCAUUGCUUCUUCAUCUGUGGCAAUUGGACGCCAUCUUUGGGGCCGGUGUGCCCUUUCUUUAUCUGGGCGACCUGAUUGCCAGCCGUCCGCACUCCAUUGCGUCUUCAUCAAUCUUCAUUAAGGUCAGCUAUCUACUUACUUUUCCUACACAUAUUCAUAGAGUUCGUGCAUAGUUAGUGUUCAGCUAGGUAGGUUCUGCACUCGCUCAAGAGUUCAUGGUUCUCUGUGAAUCUUUGUCUUUAUUUACUUACACAAGUUAUUAAUAGUUUGUUUGUUUCACAAUAUUACCGUUUUGCUCAAAUCACAUUACUAUUUACUAAGCAGUCUUUUUUUUAUCAAUUUCAUGAAUCUCCCUGUCCCUGAUGAGAUCAAGCUGCGAGUUACUUCCCCGCCUGUUCAGAUGCAUCGUCAUCCAUGAAAAGCUAAGUUUCUGAUAUCUGCCCCUUGCCCAAUUCAAACUAUAUCUUUAUAUCUUGUUUUCUCUUUUCCAACCUUGAAUCUGCAAUUCUUUAGCCAUUCGAUAUCAUUUUCAUUCAUGCCCCCCAGGGUAUAUGUUUGCGCCUGCACAGUCAGCUAUAGAAGCAAUAAUUAUCUCAAUAUCUUUUUUUAGGUAGCUUAGUGCUAUUACAUGUAAUUUUUUCACUCACCUCCUCACCAUUUACUGCACCAUUCAUCUUCCAUUGCAUUAUUACAUCAUAAUUUGCAGUAGGCUACUCAUCGAAUGCAUAUCUGUUUCCUCUCUUUGCAGUAGGCCAUUCAUAUCCUGAUACUAGAGUUCUGAUACUAGCCAUCCUUUUGCAUGGUCCAGUCUCAGUUACAUGUUAUUACUAAUCAUUCUUAUACUAGUGAGACUUUAUCCUUAAUUAUAGUUGCUAAUAAUUAAUGUUAAUAUGCCUGUAAGAUGGAUGUCAUUUAGCUAAUCUGUUCAUUUGCCUGGGAUCACAGACCACCAUUCUUUCUAGAGUUCUGUUUUCCUAUAUAAUAGCAGAAUUUACAGUUGCUAAUCGUUGAUUAGACAGUUCAAAAUUGCAUAAUCUGCAUCUAAGAUGGCUGCCAUUUAGCAAAUAUGUCCAAUUUGGUCGGGAUCACAGUACUGCCAUUCUUUUUAGAGUACCGUGUUCCUACACGGUAGCCUACAUAGCCUAAUACACUAAUCAAAUUGUCAUUCUUUCUUUUACAUCUACUCUUUACUAAUCAUCUACAGCUCAUGUGGUUGGUCUGGUCAUAAUGUGAAACAAUGUAGUGUCUACUCUUUAUGACCAUGUAUAUCAAUUCCUGUCUUUUUGUGUUUGUACACUGCAAGUCAAUGCCAGUCUUUUUGUUUGUAUCAUCAGCACAACAUCUUUUUAUCCCACAAAUUUAUAUUUCCCCCCCUUUUUUUACAGAUGGUACCCUACUACAAGGCUCGUCAAUUCGAUACGGAGUGAGUUGAGAUGGCACAUGCUACUUGGCAUCCAGGAGGGACUUCAGGAUCGCCUUGUGCUCCCUACGGUGUUAACAAUGGUUGAUUCCAGCUGUGUGAUGCUGACUGUAUGGGCACUUGAGAAGGUUUUCAUUCAGCUGAUCAUGACGUGGCACAGCAAGCCAGGGGUUGACUUAGAUCACUUCUGCUAUUCGCAUAUAUGCACAUCUAUAUUCUGUAAUGUUCAAGGAGUUUGAUAUGUCACCUAUAAAAUUUGCAGUCGGUGCACAUAUAUUUGUGUUGACUCUGUACUGUGUAAAUUUGAAAUCUGCAAUUUGUGUGGACAUCUAGAAUUUUGUAUUGAAUCGGAUACUUUUCGCUUUUGUUUGA